AUGGGGGAGAGAAUCAGAAGGGCUCGCGAUGACAUCCUUAAUGGUUCCCACCCUGUCUCCUUUGACAAAACCUGCGAGUUUGCUGGCUACCAGUGCCAGAUCCAGUUCAGGCCACACAAUGAGCAGAAGCACAAGCUGGGAUUUCUGGAACUCAAGGAUUUCCUGCCCAAGGAGUACAUCAAGCAGAAAGAGGAGCGCAAGAUCUUCAUGGCCCACAAGAACUGUGGGAACAUGAGCGAGAUUGAGGCCAAAGUUCGCUAUGUGAAACUUGCCUGUUCCCUCCAGACCUAUGGGGUCUCCUUCUUCCUGGUCAAGGAGAAGAUGAAGGGGAAAAACAAGCUGGUGCCACAGCUGCUGGGGAUCACCAAAGAGUGCAUGAUGUGUGUGGAUGAGAAGACCAAGGAAGUGAUUCAGGAGUGGAGCCUGACCAACAUCAAGCGCUGGGCAGCCCUGCCCAAGAGCUUCACCCUGGAUUUUGGAGAUUACCAGGAUGGUUACUACUCGGUGCAGAUGACAGACGGUGAGCAGAUUGCCCAGCUGAUUAUUGGCUACAUCGAUAUAAUCCUGAAAAAGAAAAAAAGCAAAGACCACUUUGGACUGGAGGGAGAUGAGGAGUCCACUAUGCUGGAAGACUCUGUGUCUCCAAAGAAGUCAACCGUCUUGCAGCAGCGGUUUAACUGUGUAGGCAAGGCGGAGCUGGGCUUGGUGGCCCUGCCAGCCAUCAUGCAGACAGGGGCUGCAAGGCCAGAAAACUUCCAGGUGGGCACGAUGCCACAGGCUCAACUGCAAAUCACCAGUGGCCAGAUGCACUGAGGGCACAUGCCUCCCAUGGUAGUAGCUCCCACAGUCAGCUCCCCAGUCUGUCAGGAGCAGCUGAUUGAGACUGGCAAGUUGGUGGCCAAGUCGGCAGAGGGCUGUGUGGAGGCCUCCAAGGCAGCCACCAGUGAUGACCAGCUCCUGAAGCAGGUGGGGGUGGCAGCCACAGCCACCACCCAGGCCCUGAACAAUCUGCUGCAGCAUAUCAAGCAGCACGCAUGGGCGGGCAGCCCAUCAGGCUACGACCAGGCCACUGACACAAUCCUCAAUGUCACCGAGAACAUAUUCAGCUCCAUGGGUGAUGCAGGGGAAAUGGUACAUCAAGCUCGUAUUCUGGCUCAGGCCACCUCUGACUUUGUCAAUGCCAUCAAAGCUGAUGUGGAGGGAGAAAUGGACCUGGAGAAGUCGCGUAAGCUGCUGAGUGCAGCCAAGAUCCUGGCUGACACCACCGCCAAGAUGGUGGAGGCUGCAAAGGGAGCCACAGCCCACCCAGACAGUGAGGAGCAGCAUCAGUGGCUGCGCAAGGCGGUGGAGGGGCUCUGCAUGGCGACCAACGCUGCAGCCCAGAAGGCCAUCAAGAAGCAGCUUGUUCACAAGCUGGAGCAUGCAGCCAAACAAGCUGCUGCCGCAGCCACCCAGACCAUUGCUGCCAUGCAGCAUGCUGCCUCCUCCAACAAGAACCCCACCGUGCAGCAGCAGCUGGUACAGAGCUGCAAGGUGGUGGCAGAGCAGAUCCCAAUGCUGGUGCAGGACAUGUGAGGCAGCUGGUCCCAGCCAGACAGCCCCAGCGCCCAGCUGGCCCUCAUUGCCGCCAGCCAGAACUUCCUGCAGCCUGGUGGGAAGAUGGUAGCUGCAGCCAAGGCCACCAUCCCCACCAUCAUGGACCAAGCCUCUGCGAUGCAGCUCAGCCAGUGUGCCAAGAACUUGGCCGUGGCUCUGGCCGAGCUCUGCACAGCCACCCAGAAGGCUCAGGAGGUGUGGGGACCCCUGGAGAUAGAGUCUGCACUGGGUCUCGUGCAGAGCCUGGAGAGGGACUUGCAGGGAGCUAAGGCAGCUGCCUGUGACAGCAAGCUCAGGCCUCUGCCGGGAGAGACAAUGGAGAAGCAUGCCCAGGACCUGGGGAACAGCACAAAAGCUGUCAGCUCUGCCAUCGCUCACCUUCUGGGAGAGGUGGCCCAGAGCAAUGAGAACUACAUGGGGACUGCCACCCGAGAGGUGGCCCAGGCCCUGCACUUGUUCAGCCAGGCUGCCUAUGGUGUGGUGGCCAGCACCCCUGACCCGCAGGCACAGAGUACCAUGCUGGAGUGUGCUAGCAAUGUCAUGGAUAAAGCCAACCACCUCAUUGAGAAAGCGCAGAAAGCAGUGGCCAAUCCUGGUGACCCAGAGAGCCAGCAGUGCCUGGCACAGGUGGCCAAGGUGGUGUCACAGGCCCUGAGCUGCUGUGUCAACUGCCUGCCAGGACAGCAGGAUGUGGAUGCUGCCAUCUGCAUGGUGGGAGAGGCCAGCAAGAGGCUGCUCAUGGGUUCAUUCCCUCCCAGCACCAAGAGCUUCCAGGAGGCACAGAGCCAGCUGAACCAGGUGGCCGUGGGGCUCAACCAGUCUGCCAAUGAGCUGGUGCAGGCAUCACAUGGCACCCCUCAAGACCUGGCCACAUUCUCUGGCAAAUUUGGGCAAGACUUCAAUGAGUUCCUGCAGACAGGAGUGGAGAUGGCCAGCCAGUCCUUGAAUAAGGAAGACCAGGUGCAGGUGGUGUCAAAUUUGAAGAGCAUCUCCAUGUUCUCCAGUAAGCUUCUGCUAGCUGCAAAGGCACUCUCUGCCAACCCCACAGCCCCCAACCUCAAGAAUCAGCUAGCAGCAGCAGCAUGGGCUGUGACCGACAGUAUUAACCUGCUGAUCACCAUGUGCACCCAGCAGGCGCCAGGCCAGGAGUGUGACGACGCCCUGCAGGAGCUAGAGACAGUGAAGGAGCUGUUGGAGAACCCCACCCAGACCAUCAAUGACAUGUCCUACUUCAACUGCCUUGACAGCAUCAUGGAGAACUCCAAGGUGCUGGGCGAGUCCAUGGCUGGCAUCUCCCAGAAUGUCAAGAAAAGCAAACUGCCCGAGUUCAGCAAGUCUAUCAGUGUCACCUCCAAAGCUCUCUGUGGGCUGACGGAGGCAGUUGCCCAGGCUGCCUACCUUGUGGGAGUCUCAGACCCCAACAGCCAGGCUGGACAGCAGAGCUUGGUAGACCCCACUCAGUUUGCCAGAGCUAACCAAGCCAUCCAGAUGGCCUGCCAGAAUCUGGUGGACCCUGCCUGCACCCAGUCCCAGGUGCUGUCAGCAGCCACCAUUGUAGCGAAGCACACCUCAGCCCUGUGCAACACAUGCUGCCUAACCUCCUCCCAUGCCACCAACCCUGUGGCCAAGCGCCAGUUCGUCCAGUCAGCCAAGAAGGUAGCCAACAGCACAGCCAACCUGGUGAAGACCAUCAAAGCCCUGGAUGGUGCGUUCAACAAGGAGAACCUGGAGCAGUGCCACGCUGCCACCAGCCCUCUCAUAGAGGCCGUGGAUAACCUGACAGCUUUUGCCUCCAACCCAGAGUUUGCCACUGUUCCUGCCCAGAUCAGCCUUGGAGGAAGUGAAACCAUGGAGCCCAUCAUCUCUUUGGCCAAGACCAUGCUGGAGAGCUCUGCCAGCCUCAUCCAGACUGCCCGCUCUCUGGCUGCCAACCCCAAGGACCCGCCGCAGUGGUCAGUGCUGGCCAGCCAGUCUCACACUGUCUCAGACUCCAUCAAGAAGCUGAUCAACAACAUGCGGGACAAAGCUCCGGGACAGCAGGAGUGUGAUAAGGCCAUUGAGAUGCUGAACAGAUGCAUGCAGGAGGUGGACCAGGCCUCCCUUGCUACCAUCAGCCAGCAGCUGGCCCCCCGAGAAGAUAUUUCCCAGGAGGCUUUGCACAACCAGGUGAUCACAGCUGUUCAGGAGAUCAGCAGCCUGAUCAAGCCCGUGGCCAGCGCAGCACAGGCUGAGGCCUCACAGCUGGGGCACAAGGUGUCUCAGAUGGCUCAGUACUUUGAGCCUCUUAUUAUAGCGGCUAUUGGCACUGCCUCCAAAACACCCAACCACCUACAGCAGAUGAACCUCCUGGACCAGACCAAAACGCUGGCUGAGUCUGCCCUGCAGAUGCUGUAUACGUCCAAGGAGGCAGGUGGGAACCCGAAGCAAGCUUCCCACACCCAGGAGGCUCUGGAGGAGGCAAUGCAGAUGAUGAAGGAAGUGGUGGAGGACCUGACUGCUACUCUGAAUGAGGCAGCCAGUGCUGCAGGUGUUGUAGGGGGCAUGGUCAUCACCCAGGCCAUCAACCAGCUGGACAAGGGGCCGAUGGGCGAGCCAGAGGGGACCUUUGUGGACUACCAGACCACAAUGACAAAGACUGCCAAGGUCAUCGCAGUGACUGUGCAGGAGAUGGUCACCAAAUCCACCACCAACCCAGAUGAGCUGGGCAUACUGGCCAACCAGCUCACCAAUGACUAUGGGCAGCUAGCGCAAGAGGCCAAACCAGCUGCACUUACCACCAAGAACAAGGAGAUUGGCUCCCACAUCAAGCACCGGGUGCAGGAGCUGGGUCAUGGCUGUGCUGCCCUGGUCACCAAGGCUGGAGCCCUGCAGUGCAGCCCCAGUGAUGCCUACACCAAGAAGGAGCUGAUAGAGAGUGCGCGCAAGGUUUCUGAGAAGGUGAGCUUGAUAGUUACGACCCUGCAGGCUGGGAACCACGGGACACAAGCUUGCAUCACACCAGCCAGCACUGUCUCUGGCAUCAUUGCUGACCUCGACACCACCAUCAUGUUUGCCACAGCAGGAACCCUCAAUCGGGAGAACUCUGAGACCUUUGCUGACCACAGGGAGGGCAUCUUGAAGACAGCCAAGGCACUGGUGGAGGACACCAAGGUGCUGGUGCAGAAUGCCACGACCAGCCAGGAGAAGCUAGCCCAGGUUGCUCAAUCCUCUGUGUCCAUCAUCACCCAUCUGGUGGAGGUGGUGAAGCUGGGUGCUGCCAGCCUGGGAUCUGAAGACCCAGAGACUCAGGUGGUCCUGAUCAAUGCUGUGAAGGAUGUGGCCAAGGCACUUGGGGACCUGAUCAGUGUCACCAAGGCAGCUGCUGGCAAAGCUGGGGAUGACCCUGCUGUCUACCAGCUGAAGAAUUCUGUCAAGGUGAUGGUGAUGAAUGUCACUUCCUUGCUGAAGACGGUGAAGGCUGUCGAGGAUGAGGCCACAAAGGGGACACGGGCGCUGGAGGCCACGAUAGAGCACAUACACCAAGAGCUGGCAGUCUUCUCCUCCCCCGUGCCUCCCGCCAAGGUCACCCCAGAGGACUUCAUCCAUAUGACGAAAGGCAUCACGAUGGCCACAGCCAAAGCAGUGGCCACUGGCAACUCAUGUCGGCAGGACGAUGUCAUCGCCACAGCAAACCUGAGCCACUGUGCCAUUGCAGAUAUGCUGUGCGCAUGCAAGGAAGCCACCUACCACCCAGAGGUGAGCAGGGAUGUGCAGCAGCAAGCGCUGCGCUUUGGCAAGGAGAGCACUGAUGGCUACCUGGAGCUGCUGGAACAUGUGCUGAUGAUCCUGCAGAAGCCAUCUCCUGAGAUGAAACAGCAGCUGACAGGCUACUCCAAGCACAUGGCCAGCUCUGACACUGAGCUCAUUCAGGCAGCCGAGGCCAUGAAAGGGACAGAGUGGGUUGGCCCAGAAGACCCCACUGUCAUUGCUGAGAAUGAGCUGCUGGGGGCAGCAGCUGCCAUUGAGGCUGCAGCCAAGAAGCUGGAGCAGCUGAAACCAAGAGCCAAGCCCAAGCAAGCAGACAAGAGCCUGAACUUCGAGGAGCAGCUCCUAGAAGCUGCCAAAUCCAUUGCUGCAGCCACAAGCGCCCUGGUGAAGGCAGCCUCAGCAGCCCAGUGAGAAUUAGUGGCCCAAGGAAAAGUAGGUGCCAUCCCUGCCAACACAGUGGAUGAUGGACAGUGGUCCCAGGGACUCAUUUCAGCUGCACGCAUGGUGGCUGCUGCCACCAACAACCUGUGUGAAGCCACCAACACAGCAGUGCAGGGCCAUGCCAGUGAAGAGAAGCUCAUCUCAUCAGCCAAGCAAGUGGCUGCCUCCACAGCACAGCUCCUGGUGGCCUGCAAGGUGAAGGCUGACCACGACUCAGAGGCCAUGAAGAGGCUCCAGACUGCUGGCAAUUCAGUGAAGAGAGCGUCUGACAAUCUGGUGAGGGCAGCACAGAAGGCAGCUGCCUUCCAGGACCACAAUGUGACAGUGGUGGUGAAGAAGAUGGUCAGGGGAAUUGCACAGAUCAUUGCCACCCAAGAGGAAAUGCUGCGCAAGGAGUGGGAGCUGGAGGAGGCACGGAAGAAGCUGGCCAUGAUCCAGCAGCAGCAAUACAAGUUCCUGCCCUCGGAGCUGUGGGAUGAGGAGCAGAACUGA